CACCCACACCACAAUGUCCGCCCUCGUCCAGCUCCCCGCCGGCCGCUCGUUCCGCCGCUCCCAGGAGGCCAAGUGGGUCGACCCGCAGCCCGAGAAGGGCACGAUCGAGCUCUCGCUCGACCAGGGCAUCAUCAACUUUGUCUGGCGCAACGCCGAGACCUCGCGCGCCGAGGACGAACUCCUCAUCUUCCCCGGCGAGGCCGAGUUUGAGCGCGUCGCCAAGGACCCCUCGGGCCGCUCGUUUGUGCUCAAGUUCAACUCGUCGAACCAGGUCCACUUUUUCUGGCUCCAGCGCGGCACGCUCGCCGAGUCGGACGCCCGCGCCGCCAUCGACAUCAACUCGCUCCUCCAGGAUCCGAGCUACCGCGCCGGCUCGGCACCGAUUCCCGCUGACUUCUUCCCUCCCGCCACGCCUGCCCCCAAGACUGAGGGCACGCGCGACAUUCCGGCCACGCCUAGCGCCCCGGCCAAGCCCUCCGCCGCUGCGGCCGCUGCUGGCCUCGCUGCCGGCCUCGCAGGUGCCUCGACUAGCGCUGCUGCCGGUGCCGGUUCGACCGACGCCGACGUCGACACGCGCGCCAUCACCAAGGAAGACGUCAAGAACCAGGACAUGGCGCGCCUUCUCUUCCACUGGGCUGACCAGCACCUCCCCAUCCCCGAGGAAGAAGAGGCCAGCCUCACCGACAUCCUCACGCCCGAGGUCGUCUCGCGCCUCGUCGAGGAACGCCCCGAGCUCGCCAAGUCGCUCGCGCAGCACAUGCCGCCCGACCUCACGCUCCCCGAGGGCACCGACACCAAGGCUGGCCUGCUCCGCGUCGUUGGCACGCCCCAGUUCCGCGACGCCGUCGGCAACCUCGAGAUGGCGCUGCGCAACGGCACGCUCCCCGAGUCGAUGAUGCCGUUCGUCCACCUGCCCGAGGACGCCGCGUGGAGCCUCAAGAACUUCCUCACGGCGCUGCGCGAGGUCAAGGACGGUGACCAGACUCAGGAGCCCGAGGACGGUGACGAGAAGAUGGACACGGAUUAGGUGUAGAUUGUAGAGCAUGAGUCAGUCACUGGAAGAUGCACAGAUCUAGG